UACAAACAGAGUCUUAUGGCGGGGAUGUCCCUAAGAAGUGGCACCCGACUGCAAGGAGGAGACGAUUCGCUGAGAGGGGAAGACAAGAACCUGUCAGUCGAAGGAGGUCAGGCUCCAGAGUCGCCAUCGGCGGAGCGCGAGGAGACGCGCGAGGAGCCGAGCCCGGGGGAGGAGAAGCGAGCGCGGGAGCGUCGUGAUUCCAGCGGUUUCGCGAUGCGCGCGGAUCGUCAAGCGGGGGGGGGGUUCUCCGCGACGGCGAGAGAGGCCUCGGCGGCCCGCGCACCCGGAGACGCAGGUCGAGGAGUCGGCGGACCGACAGCGCUGAGCAGAUCCGAGGGAAGCGGCGAAGUGGGCGCGGGGAACGUCACCGGGGCCGUGCAGGGCACUGCCGGCGGGGUGUCGCAUCGGUCGUUAUGGGAGGAAGGAACCAGAUAUCGCUAUACGAGCCUACCCAAGGUGGAGGUUCCCGCGCGCUUCACGGGGGACCAGCAGUCGGGCCCUCGCCUGAAAACGUACGCGAUGCACGUGCGCAGCGAGAAGUUUUGUUGGGAGCAAGAUGGCCUAGAUCUCAGGCAUUUCUUCCGGUCGUUGGGCAAUACGCUGGCAGGGGAUGCAGAGGCAUUCUUUUUGGAAGUACGCGACCUACUACUGCAGGAGGAGGAGCGGGACGCCCUGGGAAGGGUCCGCCGAGAUGCUGAGGGCCGGGCGCUAAGGUUGCAGGAUCCGACAGAGAAGUUCCUGGAAGAGCUUCAGGUGCACUUCCCGACGCAAACCCCAGCAAAGCUACGAGAAUUCGAGCAGCUGCGGAGGGCCCCCAGAGAAUCGUUGCUCGCGUACUAUCGCCGAGUGGAUCAGCUAGCGGAAGACAUCAGCUGCAACGAACCACGGAUAGUGGUGGCGAAGUUCUUGGAAGGGCUGUCAGGGGAUCUGGCCCGAACGGCAAGGGACCACACCUACAACCUGGGACCGAAUGCGACGCUGAGGCAGGCGUAUGAGAUCGCAUGGCGCAACGAGCAGUCGCUGAGCCUGUACGAUCUUGGAAGGAGGUCGGAGCGUUCGGGGGGGCGUGAACGAGACCGCAGAGGAGUCAGCUGGAGUGGAGCUAUGCUGGCUGGGAGUGAGGGAGAGGAGGAAAGGACGGAAAGUAGGGGAUACAAGGGAAAACCGCAGCGAUCCCGGACGGUGACCCCUCCCCUGAGCGAGGAACCGGUGUGUUAUAAGUGCCGGGAGCCAGGGCAUUUCAAAAGGGAUUGCCCCAAGCUGCAGACCUGCUCAUAUUGUCAGAGAAGGGGGCAUUCCGCUGAGAACUGCUACACGAAGCAGCGAGAGGAGCGGGGCAAGGGAGGUCGGAAAGGCCGUAUUGAGGCCCUGGAGGAAGAACUGCGAAGGCUGAAGGCCGAGGAGGAAGAGAGCGACGAGGAGGAUAGCUCAGCGAGGCUAGCCCGAUCUCGGGAGGGAGAUACCGAAGAGAAGGGGGAGCCGUUCUUUAUGGCCUCGGGGGGGGGCCGGGACAAAGAGGAGCUUGGUCUGCGCAGCGGAGGAGUCGACCGCCGACGUGAAGUGCAGCAGGGGAGGCGAGGGCCGAGGGCCCGAGUGAGUCCGACCCCAGGGCGGACGGGACCAGCAGAAGCUGAAGCCAGGGCCCCUGCAGGGGGCAGGCAUGGCCCUCACCGUCAUCCAUUUGAGCGGAUGGCGGCGAAGCCAUGCGUGGUUGAGGCUAUGGAGGGAGCAGUCGCUGUGGAAGGGAAAUACCCCGGGACUACGAUAAUCGAUACAGGGGCUUCACAAGUGCUGGUGGGAAGGCGCCUGGCCGAAAGGCUGGGGUUGCACCGAGAGGAGAAUGUGACGCCUGAAGGGGUCAGAAUCCAGACAGCAGAGGGAGGAGCAGGGAAAUGGCUGCCCAGGACACUGAGGCCUCAGGAGGUGGUGCUGGCCCCAGGAGCAGAGGAUGAGACGAGGAUUCGUGUGCAUUGCCUGGUCUCAGACUCAGACGACUAUGACCUGUUGUUGGGAAUGGAGCUGCUCUACAAAAUAGGAGCAGUGGUCGACACUUGGACCGAGAAGGUUACUUACCAGCCUCGCUACUGGGACCACGAGCUGAGUCAUGAAGAGAGCUUGGCAGUGGCUCUGCCGGCACGCUUCCUAAGGAGUCCGCCCGGAUAUCGAGGGCCCCCAAUGGAGAAGGUGCCAGAGCAGAGAUUCGAGGACGCAGGAGUGUAUCUGGAGCGAGCAAGCGAGAGGAGAAAGAGGGAGGAAGCGGCGGGCCACGACUGGCAGAGUACCGGGAAGCAAAGGGGCUCACCGAGCCCACAUACGACUUCGAAACCUUCAACCGACCCAUAGCCCUGCUAGAGUUGUUCGGGGGAGUUGGACCAGGAUUGGCGGCGUGCGUACGUACGGGGCUCACCAUUGCACGAUGGAUACAUGUGGAGAAGAAGGAAGAGGUGCGCUGCAUGGCAUUUCAUCAUGCAAGGCUCCUUAGUCGGGAAUUUCCGGAGAGGCUGCCCGUGGAAGUGGUCGAGAGGGCUGAGAGGGAGGCAAGUGCGAUGAAUGAUAUCGGCGCUGUUACUCAGGAGACGGUGGAGAGCUGGGGGCAGAUUGACCUGCUAGUGGCCGGAUGGGAAUGUCAGGGGCUGUCCAGGGCGGGCAAGGGCAGGGGGCUAUCGGACCCGCGCACCGGCCUCCUCCGGGAUCUUAUCCGAGUGAUGAAGCUGAUAAAGAGGAAACAAGGACCGCUAUCCUACAUAGUGGAGAAUCUGGAUGUGGCGGACGAUGAGCGUGCAUUGGUGAGAGAGGCUCAUCAAGCUGUGACGGCAGAGUUGGGACACGGGGUAGCCUGGGAUGCAGCACAAAUGGGGUCCCGGACUCACAGAGUGAGACGCUACUGGCAGAACUUGGUCCCGGAGCCAGUGCUCAGAGAUCAACUGAGUAGGAUGCAGCGGCCCGUGCCGCGGCAGGUCCAGGAUAUUCUAGAGCCGGGCAGGAGGCCGGCACCGGUAACGACCCCAGAGGUCAAGACACAGUUUCCCUGCAACCAAGUGGGAGAGCCGAGGCAAGCCUGGCCGACUUUGGUGGCAACACCUGGCAGUUACGCCUUUCGCAUGCAAGGCAGUGAGCCGGGACCCGGGAUGGUGCAAGUACUCGCUACGGGGCAAUGGGAGGAGCCUAUGGCGGUGGAAAGGGAG